AUGGAGACCACUGGUUCAAAAUACCUAUUCCCAGCCUACCAAUCUCACAAGUCUGAAAGUCGACACAGUGAGACAAGUCGUGAAAGAAGCAGGACACUUCCAGGUUAUAGGAGAGCAGCGACUUUAAGGAAGAAGAAGGAAAGACAGAAGAGUAUAUUGAAGAAGAAGAGAGGUGAGUGGGAUAGAGAGAUUUUUAGAAGAGGAAGAGUAAAAGUUAGGGUGAGAGGUUUAGGUGUAAGAAGGAGAGGGAGGUGAAGAAGGUGAAGAAGUUGAAGGUGAAUGGGGAGGAUGGUACGAAUGUGAUUUCGAAGGAGAAAUUGAGGAAGAUAUUGAACGAUUCGAGAAGGGUUUGACCCUACUCAGGAGGAGAUGGCUUUUGGGUUUAUACCGAUUAGCUUCUCGCCUAUUGAAAGAUAUAAUGAGCCUAACUUAGAGAAAUUGAGGACUGAAGAGGAUAAAUAAAAGGGCUAUGAAACUUCAAGCUUUCAACAAAGAUCUAGAGCAAAAAUAUCUUCUUAAGUUCCUCUAAGACACUAUGAUGUUGACCGUAUUAGAGAGAAUCGAAUUAGCCAAAGCUUUGCUAUUGGUCGUAAGAUAAACCAACAAGAAAAUUCUUAUGAGAGAUUAAAUACUGUUCUUGAGAACCAGACUCUUGGACUUUGUAUGCGGAGACCAAAAUUUGAACGCUUGACAGCAAAUAACUUGAUUAAUCACAAGGCACUUACUGGACAUCAUGUUCAAAAUAUCAAGAUCGGGGAUAUCCUGAACACUUUAGACUUUAAGAACAGGAAUGAAAAACUUUACCAGAAGAUUGCUACUGAUACACUUGAAGUAGAUAUUUUCAAUGAACUAAAGAAAAAGUAUGGAUUGAAAAAGCGUCAGAGAAAGAUGCGCCAUGGAGUUAAUCUUGAACCCUCCAGUCCUAAGAAGAACCCUCUAUUACGAAAAGUUAAUCUAAUAAAAAUAGAUAAAUUGAAAGAAUAUGCAAGGCAAAGGAGAGUGCAAAAAUAGAAAACUUAAGCAAAGAAAAUGGAAGAAUAUAAAAUAAGAGAAGAGGAUAUUCUUUGGGUCCAAGGAACUCUAUGUGAGUAGACCCCAACCUCGAUCUUGAUUAUGUACUUUAUAAUCUCAAAAAUGUCCUAGCUAGAGAUGAAGAGAAACAACAAGGUCUAAAUGAAUCAAAAUAUGAUACAGAAAGAUUAUUUCGCACUGCUACAUUCUCUUCUUAUCAUAAACAAAGAGAUAUUCAUACACCAAAGCAAGAAAAUAUCAACAAGAAAAUGUCAAGUAAUUUCAAAAUCAACAACAUUCAUAAAAGAUAUUCUUUACCAAGAAGAAUGAGGAAGAAAUCACAGCCUUUAUGAGUGGGCGAAAUGAAGAGUCCUACAGAGAGCUACAUCAACCACAUGACAUUUUUCCCCACUGAGGACACAAGCAAGGCUUCAAUGAGAAGAUCAAUAGAGCCACCUCAAGAUUCACCGAUAGUGUACCACAAGAGUACUAGGAAUAGGGUUACUUUCCUCAAUCCUGAUCAGAGGAAGUCAAUCUAAUCUAAACUCUAUUAAAGCUUGUCGUAGCCAGCUCUGCUCAAAUUCAAAUAAUUGAUCUUCCAAUAUC